ACCCUUUUCUCCUUCUCCUCCCCUCCAGGCCUCCAUGCCAAAAAAACAUCCUCCCUCUCCACCCCACCCCACACGCGAUAAAAAGCCCCCACCCCUUUUCUCACUCCAAAAUCAAAUCACUCACUCACUCUCUCUCUCUCCACAUUCUUUCUUCUUUUCUCCCUCUAUCCCCGCCGCGUCUCCUGCCAAAAUUCUCGAAAACCCUUUUUCCAACUUCACCCCAAAAAAUUCACAUCUUUCCACCGCCUCCUCCCCACAAAAAUGCCCCCAACUUGAGAGAGAGAGAGAGAGAGAGAGAGAAGAACCCCAGAUAAAAGGGUUUUUUCUGCUGAUUUUCCCUCGCUUUCUCGGAUGAUUUUCCCUCACUUUCUCGAGAAAAUGCGGAACAACCCCCUCCUCUUCCUCCUCCUCCUCUCUCUCCUCUCCCCACUCUCCGUCCACUCCCAGACCGCCUCACCAGCCGACGCCUCAGUAAUGCAAGACUUGAAAAAAAGCCUCGACUCGACGAGUUCCCUCAACUGGACCGACCCGAACCCCUGCAACUGGCCCCACGUCGGCUGCGCCAACGACGGCCGAAUCACCCGGAUCCAAAUCGGCCACUUGAACCUCCAGGGCUCCCUCCCAGCCUCCCUCUCCGCCCUCGCCUCCCUGACCCGGUUCGAGGCCAUGUUCAACCAGCUCACCGGCCCGGUCCCCUCCCUCUCCGGCCUGACCUCCCUCCAGUUCGUCCUCCUCAACAACAACAACUUCACCUCCUUCCCGCCCGGCUUCUUCGCCGGCUUAACCAACCUCCAGCAAAUCUACAUCGAUUACAACCCUUUCGCCGCCUGGGAAUUGCCCGCCGCUCUCCUGAACGCCUCGUCUCUCCAAGUCCUCUCCGCCACGUCGGCCAACAUCACCGGACCCGUACCCGACUUCAUCGGGUCCCUAUCGAGUCUCACCACUCUCCACUUGGCCUUCAACAGCCUCUCGGGUCCGUUACCCGGGUCCUUCGCGGGCUCCUCGGUGCAGUCCCUGUGGCUGAACGGGCAGCGUAGCAGCUCCAACCUGAACGGGUCGUUAUCCGUUUUGCAGAACAUGACUUACUUGACCGAGGCGUGGCUCCACGGUAACUCCUUUACUGGUCCUUUGCCGGAUUUUUCGUUAACCACUAUGUUGCAGAACCUUAGCGUGAGAGAUAACCAGAUUACCGGCCCGGUGCCGGAAACCCUGACGAGUCUAGCUUCGCUUAGGGUUGUGAACUUGACCAAUAACUUGUUGCAAGGCCCGAGCCCGAGGUUCGGGCCGUCGGUCGCGGUUGACAUUAGAGGGACUAAUAGCUUCUGCUUGGACGAGGCUGGAGUAGGUUGUGAUCCCCGUGUUGAUGCCCUGCUUUCGGUCGCACAGGCGGUGGGGUAUCCAGCGCGUUUCGCGUUGUAUUGGAAAGGGAACGAUCCUUGCAAUCCGCCGUGGCCGGGGAUCAGUUGUUCUGCCAAUGGGAACAUUACUGUUUUGAAUUUUCAGAAGAUGGAGCUUUCGGGUACGAUUUCUCCAAAUUUCUUGGAGUUUGCUUCGUUGCAAGUACUGAAUCUAGCUGGUAAUGAUCUCACGGGGACUAUCCCAAAUCAGCUGACUACGUUGGCUAAUCUUACAGUACUUGAUGUGUCGAAUAAUAAUCUCUAUGGUAAAAUCCCAUUGUUUAGGAGUAAUGUGCUUGUGAAAACUGACGGGAAUUCUGAUAUUGGGAAGGAUAGUGGCAGUCCACCGGCGGGGACGCCCGGUAGUCCAUCCGGGAGUAGUCCCGAUACACCCUCGACCAGUGGUGGUGGUAGGAAUAAGUCUUCCAGCGGUGUGGUGGUUGGUUCUGUGAUUGGCGGUGUUUGUGCGGUUUUAGCAGUUGGAGUUGGAGUGUUUUGCGUUUACAGGGCUAAACGAAAGCAUGCCGGUAGAGUUCAGAGUCCGAAUGAGAUGGUGAUUCACCCCCGCCUGUCGGGAUCGGAAAACGACGGUGUUAAGAUCACUAUUGCCAAUUCAGGUGUUAAUGGUGGGGCUAGGAGUGAAUCAAAUUAUAGUCAUGGAAGUAGUGGAACCGGACCUGGUGACAUUCAUGUUAUUGAAACAGGAAGCAUGGUGAUCUCAAUUCAAGUGUUGAAAAAUGUGACUAACAAUUUCAGCGCAGAGAAUGUGUUGGGAAGAGGUGGGUUUGGGACUGUUUACAAAGGGGAGUUGCACGAUGGGACUAAAAUUGCAGUUAAGAGGAUGGAGUCAGGAGUGGUGACCGAAAAGGGUCUAGAUGAGUUCAAGUCUGAAAUAGCUGUUUUAACCAAGGUGCGACAUCGGCAUUUGGUUGGUCUUCUAGGUUAUUGCUUGGAUGGAAAUGAGAGGCUACUUGUUUAUGAGUAUAUGCCUCAAGGGACUCUUAGUAGGUUCCUUUUUCACUGGAAGGAGGAAGGGUUGAAACCUCUCGAGUGGUCGAAGAGAUUGACCAUUGCCCUUGAUGUGGCCAGAGGUGUUGAGUAUUUACAUGGUUUGGCUCAUCAGAGUUUUAUUCAUAGGGAUCUUAAACCGUCUAAUAUUCUUUUGGGAGAUGAUAUGCGUGCUAAAGUUGCAGAUUUUGGACUUGUUCGCCUUGCACCAGACGGCAAAGUUUCAGUUGUAACAAGAUUAGCAGGAACUUUUGGGUAUCUUGCACCAGAAUAUGCAGUGACGGGACGAGUAACAACCAAGGUUGAUGUGUUCAGCUUCGGAGUGAUUCUAAUGGAGAUAAUUACUGGGAGGAAAGCACUCGACGAGACUCAACAGGAAGAAAGUGUUCACCUCGUGACAUGGUUCCGUAGAAUGCACAUCAACAAGGAAACCUUCCGCAAGGCCAUUGACCCAACCCUCAAUCUUGAUGAUGAGGAAACCCUUAAGAGUGUCGGCACCGUUGCUGAGCUGGCAGGCCAUUGCUGUGCUCGGGAGCCCUCCCAGAGGCCUGACAUGGGCCACGCGGUUAACGUCCUCUCGUCCCUCACGGAGCUCUGGAAACCGUCUGAUCUCGAGACGGAAGAUAUGUAUGCAAUCGACUUCGACAUGACUUUGCCGCAGGCAGUGAAGAAGUGGCAGGCUCUCGAAGGCACAAGCGGGGUUGAAAGUUCUGCUUCUUCGUCUUUUCUUGGUAGUGGGGAAAAUACCCAGACCAGUAUACCGACUCGGCCAUCUGGGUUUGCCGAUUCGUUUACUUCUGCAGAUGGGAGGUGAGAACUGAGAAUACCUGAAGAAACAAAAUUGCCAGAGAGCCAGGGUACGAUUGAUGAUUUGCUAUGGAGAGGUUGGCAUUGUUCAUUCUUUAAUGCUGCUUAACUUCUUUCUUUUCUCAUUGUUUGCUGUAAGGUUUGCUCCCCUUUUUCCUGAAGAUGGUUCCUUUGUUGCUGGUUUGAAGUCUGAACAGCCUUUAACUUCCCUUGUUUUUGUUUUAAGAAGUUUUGGAAAUGCAAAUAUUUAUUUGAAA